CAAACAUGCUGGUCUCCAAAGUGAUCCGACUUUGCUUUUCCGGCAUCCCCAUGCAGUCCGCAGCGCAUCAGCCCCUUUGGGCUAGUGUAAAUGCCAUGUCAGCUGCAUCCACGUCAAUGAUUGUUUUCUGAAAGCUUCCAUAUACACUACACCGACUUCGAUACAAUAAACACCCUCUUUUUGGUACGCGCCGACUACCCGUAGACGCAGAAACAUCCCGUUCCUUAUACGCAAACAAAGCUCGUCGCACAAACCGGCACAUUCCUACCAGCAUCCCGAGAGCGGUAGCAGUGACGACAUUUUGUGGCUUGGCUGCCUUGUAAGACUAGCCCUUUGAAAGACGCAACAUCCCGAAGCACCAUUUGAACCCGAAAACCUUGGACGGGCCAAAGCAAGCGCCAACCAAGCAAUCAUGAUGGACCUACAGCACCAAUCCCACCUUUCAGCCUUCAGUCGCUUCUCCGAUAUGCUCAAAGACACGACUACAGGCCGGCGUAAGCCGAAUGCCUCGGGGCAUUCUGUUCGCAACCCCUCCAUGACUGGCCUGCCCUCAGACCCCAUAGCAAUGUUCACGCGAUCUCGCGGCGAUUCUGAUCCUUCGCGAGAUACCCGCAGAAGCAGCGUGGGCAACUACGCCGAUCGCAUGCGCCAACUCUUCCACCCAUCCUCCUCGCACCACACGCACCCCCACAAGCGCGGUAUCAGCGACCUUCCCGCCGAAGUCUUGCAGCACAUCUUCUUCUACCUCGAGUUCUGGGAGCUCGUCCGGUGCCAGCGUGUCUCCAAGUCAUGGCGUGCCCUGGUUCCAGGCGACUCACCUCUGCUUGCCGAAAUGCUCUACCUAAAGCCCUCGCGCAGCCUGCAAAUCUACAACCUCCUCCCCACGACGUUUGAAUUCGAAGUCCACGUCACGCCACAUAGCAUCGAGUCAGGAGCCCAGCCUCUUGGCACCCGCAUCUCAAAAGGCGUCCGCAACGAGAUCUCCCUCUCUCGACGCUGUAUAGGUCUCAUCCGGACGAGUCAGGAAAUUGUGUUUCACCCCCUGAUCAUGGACUUUAACCAUUGGGUUACGCGCGAGGGUGUUGCCGGCAAUACGGACGGGUCUUGGAGGGAUAUGCUAGUUUCCAUGCCCCCGUUGACGGAGCUGACACUGCGCGAUGGUGGCCAAAAGAGGGGUGCUGUCAAGGUGCUUAAUGUCAAGGGUCAUGACGACGGGGUUAAGCUGGGUCAGCUGUUUGAUGUUGUACACGACUGGAUGCACAGGAGGAUAUGAGGAAUGCAUGAGGCGUUUGGGUUAUUAUUAUCAUGAUUCAUUUGGGCGCAUUUUUGGAAAGGACACCGGUUGUCCUGGCUUAUCUUCUUCGUCUCACUUCAUUUUUAGUAAUCAAACUGUAAAUGAUAGAAUUAGCGUACGAGUGGGAAACUCGACAUGGGGCGUCUGGAUAAUAGGUAUGUAUAUACAUGAACAUAGAUAAGGUAUAUAGUGCGGUACGUAGAUAAUACAAAUAAACAAAC